AUGAUGGGUUCAAUAUCUGCCAAUGGUUCUUACCAAACAAAUAGGCCCAGUGCACUACAGCAGGCACCUCACAUGCAAUUCCAACAAUAUUGUAAUGGUGGACUUAAGUUCUUAAGCAAGUACUCCCAAUCCAUGCGAAGUAAGACACACCUGGCUAAAAGAAGAGCUACAAAUAAUGGAAUUCAUCCAAAGACUACUAGGCCUCGGGCACCUAUUGUAUGUUCUACUGGGAUGACUAUAAUAUUUGUUGCAACUGAAGUGCACCCAUGGUGCAAAACUGGUGGUCUCGGUGAUGUUGCAGGAGGACUGCCCCCAGCUUUGGCUGCUAUGGGACACCGGAUCAUGACAAUAGCUCCUCGUUAUGAUCAAUACAAGGAUGCAUGGGAUACAAGUGUCCUUGUUGAGGUAAAUAUUGGUGACACGGUAGAAACUGUUCGCUUCUUCCACUGCCACAAAAGAGGAGUCGAUCGUGUUUUUGUCGAUCAUCCUAUGUUUCUUGAAAAGGUAUGGGGCAAGACUGGAGCAAAGUUGUAUGGUCCUACUACUGGAAGUGACUAUCGAGAUAACCAGUUGAGAUUCUGCCUUUUGUGCCUUGCUGCUUUGGAGGCUCCAAGAGUUCUCAAUCUCAACAAUUCUGAAUAUUUCUCUGGACCAUAUGGUAGGUUGCUUUCUGCAUUCAUAAUAUUGCCUAUCAAGGUAGAUUUGCCAGAGCAGACUUCCGAUCUUCUUAAUCUACCUGACAGUUUCUUGCCAUCAUUUGAUUUUCUUGAUGGACAUGUUAAGCCUGUUGUAGGGAGAAAGAUUAACUGGAUGAAGGCAGGGAUCAUUGAGAGUGAUCUGGUUCUAACAGUUAGUCCACAUUAUGUCAAGGAACUCACUUCUGGCCCAGAUAAAGGUGUUGAGUUGGAUGGUGUCCUUCGCACAAAGCCUCUUGAAAUUGGAAUUGUAAAUGGCAUGGAUGUAACUGAAGCAAGGGCUCUCAAUAAAGAAAGGUUGCAAGCUGAAGUUGGAUUGCCUGUGGACUCGAGCAUCCCUGUUAUAGUUUUUGUUGGCCGUCUUGAAGAACAGAAAGGGUCUGACAUACUCAUUGCAGCCAUUCCAGAAUUCGUGGGCGAGAAUGUUCAGAUAAUUGUUCUUGGUACGGGAAAGAAGAAAAUGGAGGAGGAAUUGACGCAGCUGGAAGUGAAAUAUCCAAGCAAUGCUAGAGGCGUAGCGAAAUUCAAUGUUCCAUUGGCACAUAUGAUGUUUGCUGGGGCUGACUUCAUUAUUGUCCCAAGUAGGUUUGAGCCCUGUGGUCUCAUUCAGUUACAAGGGAUGAGAUAUGGAGUGGUACCCGUCUGUUCAUCUUCUGGAGGACUUGUUGACACGGUUAAGGAGGGUGUCACCGGAUUCCACAUGGGUUCGUUCAAUGUUGAGUGUGAAACUGUAGAUCCAGCUGAUGUCACAGCAGUAGCGUCAACUGUCACACGAGCCCUGAAACAGUACGACACCCCGGCAUUCCAUGAGAUGGUUCAGAACUGCAUGGGGCAAGACCUGUCCUGGAAGGGGCCUGCAAAGAAGUGGGAGGAGGUGCUUCUUGGCCUUGGAGUCGAGGGAAGUCAGGCUGGCAUCGACGGAGAGGAGAUUGCUCCACUUGCCAAGGAAAACGUAGCUACUCCCUGA